GGGUUGCUCGCUUGUCCGGACAAACCAAAACUCAGAAACCCUCGCUCGCUUAGCUCUCAGAGGCUUGGCCUGCUAAUCUCCCGAAGCUCAGCUCCGGUGAUUGUCGUUCCCUUUUCGUGUCGUGCUUUUUCUUUGUCCUGAGUGAUUUCUGGUCCUCCCAUUCUUUGAGCAAGGAUCAUUUAGGAACAAGCCAAAAUGUCUCGGAAGGGUUUGAUGGAGCAAGACUUAAGCAAAUUGGAUGUUACAAAACUCACUCCACUCUCUCCAGAAGUAAUCUCACGGCAGGCAACCAUAAAUAUCGGCACUAUAGGUCAUGUGGCGCAUGGAAAGUCAACAGUUGUGAAGGCAAUUUCCGGUGUGCAGACUGUUCGUUUUAAGAAUGAGUUGGAGCGUAACAUUACAAUUAAGCUUGGAUAUGCAAAUGCAAAGAUUUACAAGUGCGAGGAUGAACGAUGCCCACGCCCUACGUGCUACAAGGCUUAUGGAAGUGGAAAGGAAGACAGUCCUCUGUGUGAUGUCCCUGGUUUUGAGAAUUGCCGUAUGAAGCUGCUAAGGCAUGUUUCCUUUGUGGAUUGUCCGGGCCACGAUAUUCUCAUGGCUACUAUGCUUAAUGGAGCUGCUAUCAUGGAUGGAGCAUUACUUCUUAUAGCUGCCAAUGAAAGCUGUCCCCAGCCUCAGACUUCUGAGCAUUUGGCAGCUGUUGAAAUUAUGCGCCUGCAGCAUAUAAUUAUCCUUCAGAAUAAAGUUGACCUUAUUCAAGAAAAUGUAGCGAUCAACCAGCAUGAAGCAAUUCAAAAAUUCAUUCAGGGAACUGUUGCCGAUGGUGCUCCAGUUGUCCCAAUCUCUGCGCAGUUGAAGUAUAACAUUGAUGUUGUCUGUGAGUAUAUUGUCAAAAAGAUCCCCAUUCCAGAGAGAAAUUUUGUGUCGCCACCAAAUAUGAUUGUAAUCCGGUCUUUUGAUGUGAACAAGCCUGGCUAUGAAGUUGAUGAGAUAAGAGGUGGUGUGGCUGGUGGGAGUAUCCUAAGGGGUGUUUUGAAGGUAAAUCAAAUGAUCGAAGUUCGCCCUGGGAUUAUUGUGAAAGAUGAGAAUGGGAAUACCAAAUGCACACCAAUAUACUCGAGAAUUGUUUCAUUGUAUGCUGAGCAAAAUGAGCUGCAAUUUGCAGUGCCUGGAGGCCUUAUUGGUGUUGGGACCACCAUGGACCCCACUUUGACACGAGCUGAUAGAUUGGUGGGUCAGGUUCUUGGGGAGGUUGGGUCACUUCCUGAAAUCUUCGUUGAGCUUGAGGUUAACUUCUUCCUACUGCGACGACUUCUUGGUGUGAGGACAAAGGGCUCAGAAAGGCAGGGAAAGGUCUCAAAGCUGGCUAAAGGAGAGAUUCUCAUGUUGAAUAUUGGGUCAAUGUCGACGGGGGCUCGAGUUGUUGCUGUGAGGAACGAUUUAGCUAAACUGCAACUCACAUCUCCAGUCUGCACUAGCAAAAACGAGAAAAUUGCACUCAGUCGCCGAGUCGAGAAGCAUUGGCGUCUGAUUGGCUGGGGCCAGAUUCAAGCAGGAAUGACCCUCGAUAUCCCGCCUGCCCUGUUCUGAUUUACUAGCGGCGAAAAAAAGCAAAGAGAAAGAAACGACAGAGGUUAUUGUCGGAGGAACCGGGGGAGAUGUGGCGAGGCAGGGAUUUGUUAGGAACAAUUUUCGUUAGGAGUAGAAAUUGUCUUUGUCGAAUUUCUUUCCUUUGCUCUUUUUCCCAUUACCAUGCGGCCCGGGUACGUUGUUUCUGGUUGAGUCUCCAAGAUGCGAGUUUUGGGGCAAUUUGUUCACGAACCACAUCAUUCAUUGUACUUCUAUUUCUUCUCUGCAUGCUGGAUAUCAAAUGGCAUAUGUUAGGGUUUCUGCAAA